AUGCUUUUCUUCGGGAAUGUUGGGUACACGUACUGGGCCGAAUCCUUCGACCACACCUGCGAGGAUGCUGUCACGUCCGACGUCCUCUCCGACGAUGUCGUGUGCGGCAAAGGCUACUCAUGCCCAGACGGUUACGUGUGUACAGACUCGGGACAUGUCGCUCUGAACGACGGAGUUACCGGAUACCACGACAUCUGGCACGCGUUGCUACAGGUGGGAAUCAGUUGCAGCAUGACCACCUUCGCCAAACGCACGGGUCGCAUAAUAUUGUUGCAACUCACCAUGGUGUACGGAGUCGUUUCAUCAAAGCUGGAAGCCGCCAUCGCCCACGAGGAGAUCCGCAAGAGGAAGAGGAUCCAGGCGGACAAGGGCAAGGGGGAGGGUUUGGGGGAGAAGAAUGGCCCUCGCGUUAGCGAGUUUGAAAUGCUCUUGAACGAGUACACCAAGAUAGAGGCCGACGAGAUAGCGGCGAUUGAGCGCCUGGCGGCCGUGCAACGUGGCGAGGUACGAGAAAAGCCCGAAGAAGAAGCACCACUCCCGCGCUGGACUCCGUUUCCCGCAAACUCGACCAUGAACCGCCUCCGCAAGGCGAUUCUGUUGGACCUGGGGCUUUUCUCGAUCAUUGUCUACGUCGUCAUCUUCCUGAAUGCCAUGGUCCUGUGCCUGGACUCCGCCCACGCUAGUGACCGAAGAGAACGCGUGCUCUCAUAUGUGAGGGGUGGUAGUCUCCGAUAG